GACCUCCCAGGCAAAGGUCAACACACCCGGAAAAAAUCAGGUCAUUUUUUUAUUUUGCAGUAAUUAAAAUUAAUUUAAAUAAUUAUGGCUAGCUUUAUGUACGUGAUAUCAAAAUAGAUACACACUGUAAUAGCUCAUCAAGCAAUGGCCUACGUACUGGGAGUGGAUGUAGGGACAACACGGAUUCGCUGUUUUGCUAUUGACAAGGAGGGAAGGUCUCUAUCCUCACAUUUCACUGGAGUCGAGGUUCUACAUCCUCAGCCAGGUUAUUCGGAAAUUGACCCCGAGUGUCUUUGGCAAGGAUUCAAAGAUGUUGUCUCCACAACUAUUGGCAGUGGUCAUCUUGAUCCAUCCCAAGCAUCUUGCUUAGGAAUUACCUGUCAAAGAAACACAUUCCUGUUGUGGAAUCGAUCCACCAGUCAACCUCUGUGCAACUUGAUCACAUGGCAGGAUCGUCGUGCAGACGAAGUUUGCAAGUUGUGGAACUCGUCAAUGCAGUUCAAGUUCUUGAAACUCGGAGGAGGAUUCCUUCAUUUGAUCUCGCGAAGUAAGCGAUUCCUUGCAGCCAGUAUUGUCACUCUCACCACUCAACAGGUGGCACCCCGACUGUAUUGGGCUCUAAACAACGUCGAAGGAGCCAAAAAACUCGCCAACGAAGAAAAUCUGUGUUAUGGUACAGUCGAUACAUGGAUCCUAUGGAAGCUAACCAACGGUUCUGUGCAUGCCACUGACUACUCGCAUGUUUCACCUACUCUGCUGUUUGAUCCAUUUCAAAUGAAGUACAGUGACACAAUCAUUAAUGUGCUGGGUUUCCCUCGUUCCAUUUUUCCAGAGAUUAAAGACACUGGUGGUCUCUUUGGGCAUGUGGCAGCGGAACAUUUCGGUGCUGCAAUUCCGAUAACUGGUGUCAUCUCAGAUCAAACAAGUGCUACUUUUGCCCAAGGAUGCUGGGAGCCUGGAGAUCUGAAGUGUACGCUGGGCACAGGUAUGUUUAUGUGCAUCAACACUGGGAGCAAACCUCAUGCUUCUUUGACGGGUAUGUAUCCGGUUGUAGGCUGGAAGAUCGGGAGCGAGUUGAUUUUUCUUGCUGAGGCAAAUUUUCCAAGCAGCGGCAGUGUUUGUGAAUGGGGAGCAAGAUUUAGUUUGUUUUCUGAUCCAUCAGAAACAGAAGCCAUUGCAGAAUCAGUUCAAGAUUCGAACGGUGUUUGUUUUGUACCAGCUUUUGAUGGUAUUCAAGCCCCUUACAACGACCCUCGAGCUACAGCUAGUGUCAUCGGGAUAACUCACAGCACAACUAAAGAACAUCUUGUACGUGCAAUGCUAGAAUCUCUUGCGUUCACUUUCAAGCAGAUUUACGACGUGGCGCAGGGUGAGCUCAGUGUGAAGAUAAAGCAGAUCAGAGUUGACGGUGGUGUUACGAAGAACAAUUUUGUGUUGCAGACAAUUAGCAAUCUGUUGGGGAAAACCGUUGAGAGGCCAACUGAUGUGGACAUGACAGUUUACGGUGCUAUCUACAUAGCAGGUUUGUCUUCUGGAUUUUGGAAGAGCCGUGAUGAAAUCAAGUCCCUAUGGAAGUUGGAUCGAUGCUUUGUACCUAAGACUGAAGACGCCACACGCGCUACAAGUGUACAGUAUCGGCUGUGGCAGAAAGCAGUGGAACGAUCACUGGAGUGGUACGAUCAGAUUGAAAAUGGAGACGAGAACUAAACUAGCUGUGGUCCAGUCAUGCAUGCAUCUAUCAUUUCUGUGAAUCAAAAUUCUGACUAUUUUUUUGGUUGUUGAUUAUUUUCUGUCUACAGUACCGCUGAUUGCACAGUUGCGUAUUAAUUAAUACAGAUCUACGAGUGUAAUAAUGAUCGUUUUAUAAUAAUUAAAUUACAGUACAA